AAGCAACUAGGAGAAAGUGAUAAGCCUUGUGAGGUGUUGAAGACAGCUUUGCCCCAAGGGGAGAUCAGUGAUGGCCUCAGCCUCAAUGCUCUCGUCUCCAGCCGUCCGGGCUACCCCGGCUCAGGCCACCAUGGUCGCCCCAUUCACCGGCCUCAAGUCCACCUCGGCUUUCCCGGUCACCCGCAAGUCGAGCGAGGACAUCACCUCUCUUUCCAGCAAUGGCGGAAGAGUCCAAUGCAUGCAGGUGUGGCCUCCGAUUGGCAAGAAGAAGUUCGAGACGCUGUCCUACCUCCCUCCCCUCUCUCCCGAGUCCUUGGCCAAGGAAGUCGACUACCUUCUUCGCAGCGGAUGGGUUCCCUGCCUCGAAUUCGAGCUCGAGCACGGGUUCGUGUACCGCGAGCACCACAGCUCCCCCGGGUACUACGACGGGCGCUACUGGACAAUGUGGAAGCUCCCCAUGUUCGGGUGCACCGACUCGGCCCAGGUGUUGAAAGAGCUGGAGGAGGCCAAGAAGGCUUAUCCCACGGCGUUCAUCCGGAUCAUCGGGUUUGACAACAAGCGCCAAGUGCAGUGCAUCAGCUUCAUCGCCUACAAGCCCCCGGGCUUCUAAUUCCGCUCACCUGCUUGUGCUGUGAACUUUUCUUUGGAGCUCUUUGGAGAUCGCUUUUGCUUUCGCUUUGCCUGUUGCAGUUGUUGUGUUUUUCCCUUGUGGCGUCUUUGUGAUGAUGAAUCUGGACCACCCGGAAUGAUAGAAGGGCCUCGAUGUACAUAAAUGAGUAAUCUAAUGUCAGAUCAAGUCCUUUUAUCACAAUAAA